AUGUCUGUCCUGCUUUUGGAGUGGGGACCCUGGCUGCUGACCCACCAGAUUCUGGUCCUUGAGGGAGAGGCUUGGAGGUGGGCUAGUGAUGGGGGGAAGCAGAAGGUCCAGCUUCCUGAGCAAUGGGAUCUUUUCCUCUCCCUUCGGCCUCCAGAACUGCACACAAUGUUGGAGACUUCUUUGGAGAAGGCUCUGACCACUAUGGUCACCACUUUCCAUAAAUAUUCAGGGAGAGAGGGCAGCAAACUGACUCUGAGUAGGAAGCAGCUGAAGGAGCUGAUCAAGAAAGACCUGUGUCUUGGUGAGAUGAAGGAGAGCAGCAUCGAUGACCUGAUGAAGAGCUUGGACAAGCACAGCGACCAGGAGAUGGACUUCAAGCAGUAUUCGGAGACUUCCCUGGAGUACUCGGUGUUCCUGACCACGCUGUGCGUGGCCUACAACGACUUCUUCCUGGCGGACAACCAAUGACUGGGCCCUGGCUCCUGGCCCCUGCAGCUCCUCUCACAGACCCUCCGUGGCCCCUUGCCUUCCCCUCCCUCCCAGAUGGACCCUGCUUCAGCCUUCCCUUCCAGCAGAGGAAAUAAAGAUUUUUGAU